AUGAAAGGAUCGAAUCCGGAGUCUAAUGAGGACAGAAACCCAGUCAAAGAUGACUCCGAAAGCGAUUCGUCUCUCUGCUCAGCAUAUGAUGGUGAUACACCGGUCAAGCCAAAGCACAUGUUUUCGUCAGAGACGUCUCAGGCUUCCAUGUCCAAAGAGAAGGUUGACGAGUAUAUGAACACGGUGAAGGGUGGCGGCGAUCCAGUUACCGCGAUGGCCUAUUGGAGGAAUCCUUCCCAGUAGCGCACCGAGCGAAAGAAGGCUGGUCUUCAAUUUUCUUCUAUAUCGUCAGAAUCAGAC